AAAAAUUUCACAUACACUUUCUGCUCAUACGGUUCGGCUGGUCGUGUGUGGAGAGGCAUAGUAACUGAGUUGAAGAAUUGUUUAGCAAAUAAUCAAUUAAUGUUGCAUUUGAUCGGUGUUUUUCAAACGAACUGAAAAGAGUUUUGUAAAAAUGAAUUUUACAAUACCAUCGGAGGUGAAUAACGACAUACUCUACUGCCAGAAAGCCCUACGUCAUUACAUUCAUGUUCAUCAGACUCUUGCUGCCAGCCUACAUGCUAAAAACUUGCUUGAUGAUCCACGACUUACAGAAUUAGAAAAUGAAAUUCAGGACAUUGGACGAGAACAGAAGAAGACUGUUGACACACUACGCUUGUACAUGGAGAACUUUUUCGUGCAUCUGGAGAAAAACAAUCUAUCCAUAGACCGUACGGUAGCCAAUGCAAAUGUGGCGAAUCAACUACAUAUGAACUUUCAACGGUGUUUCGAGAAAGUGGAACCAGUCAACGUUAAACGACGACUCAGCGACAGCGAACUCAUCGAACGGUAUAUUUAUGGCAACCAUACCAUUUGCGGAUCUACAGCAGUUCGGGCAAUCAAAUUGAACGAUUCUAGCAAACCGGAAAAACUCGAGGUACUUAUAUCGCCCAACGAUGUCGUUUAUCGAAACGUAACGACUCCGCCACCGCUAAAACCACAAAUGUCAUUAUUAAAGCCGAAAUCUGAACGACUGGUACCGAGUUCACCGAAAAAUUCAACAGAUGACCAAAGUCCAUCUACAUCGUCAGCCAAUUUGAAUAGUCGCCGAUUGAAUUUGUUGCAAGUGCUGAACAAAACCAAAGCGAAAAACUUGAAUCUUGAAUCAGACGACAAAGUCGACAAGAAGGCGGAAAAUGCAGUUCCAGAUACGCUGCCCAAGUUGAGAGAAUCGCCAACCGAUGACGUAGUAUUAGUAGAACCAGCUCCUUCCGAAACAGUCAUUAUUUCACAUUCACCGACAUCAUCGUCGGCGACGUCGCUAUCCGGUGAUACAUUCGGUGGACCCGAGUUACCCGAAGAAGAAGAAGAGCCAACCGUCCUUGGUAAGGAGCCGUUUCUACGCCUGUUUGGAUUGUACACCCACACAUACUACGAUUACUUGAAAAUGCGAAGGUCUGAACGAAAGCGAAGAAACUGUACGAGUACGGAGAAACGUGAUUUCCAUUACGGAAAAAUUGAUAUUCUAUUCGAGCGGCAAUCGAAUAAGAACAAGCGGGUCUUCCUGAGAUCGACACCAGCACGUCGUCCAGCUAUUACAAAGCCAAAACGAAAACGAUUGGAAAUCAGUGCACCAUUGAAGAAGCAAAAAACCGAACCGGCCUCAAAUUCGUCAUCGUCGUCGUCGUUAUGUGACGAGAUCAAAAUGUGCAUCUCAUGCAUGAGCAUAUCUGAUGAAAAAUGUGUGGAAUGCGAGGCGUGCAAUGUGUAUUACCAUGUCAGUUGUCACGAAUCGGGCGAAUGUUCAGCGACCCAUUCUCAACGCAUUAAGAAUCGAUUCUGUCCGGAUUGCUUGCGACGUCAGCAGAAGGCUAGGGAGAAAAGUGUCGCUCAACAACGGGAUCAAUCGGUGAAGAAAAUUCUUACACAACAACAAAAAUUGAAAAGCCACCGCGAGCAGUUGGUCGACGAAUUGGGUUGUUUGCAUGAUCGACUGGACGAUGUACAUAAAGAAUACCAGAAUUUCAAAAGUGAACAUAACGACUUGAAAAAUGUGAUAAAUUCUUAUUUAGCGCCAAUAAACGCACUGACUGGACGAUCUUUGCAACUGAAAGAUUUACAGAUGUAAUAAUCCGUAAUAGCAUCAAUGUAGUUACAACAGUUGUAGGAGUAAAUUGUUUUCGUUUUUGUCUUUCUUUUAAAUAAAAUUGUGGAAAUUUACAAGAGA